AUGUUUUUUCUCGAAUCUGUGGUAAAAAAAUACCCUCAAUUACUGGAGUACAUCCCUAACGUCGAAAAACCAUUCUUUAACAUGUCGUUAUGGGAUAACUUCGAUGAAUUUAUUACUUUCAUAUCACUUAAUAAAUUCGUUCCAAAAGAAUUCGAUUUUGUUCCAGGUCAAUUGCCUCUAAGUGAUCUGCACACCGUCUUAUUGGUCAUUGCAUCCUAUUAUGUCAUUAUAUUCGGUGGGAGAGAACUAUUGAGAAACACAAAACCCUUCAAAUUGAAUUUUCUUUGCCAACUGCAUAAUCUAUUCCUCACUAUUGCUUCAUUAGUUCUACUUGUAUUGAUGCUGGAACAGAUACUGCCAAUUAUCUACUAUAAAGGUCUCUAUUCAGCCAUUUGCGACAUAGAAUCAUGGACACAACCAAUGAUGACCCUAUACUAUCUCAACUAUUUAGUCAAGUUCAUGGAAUUUAUUGACACUUACUUUUUAGUGUUGAAACAUAAGAAAUUAACUUUCUUACAUACGUACCAUCACGGCGCUACCGCUUUAUUAUGUUACACAGAACUGGUAGGUAAUACUGUCAUCUCAUGGGUUCCCAUCACUUUGAACCUGGCAGUCCAUGUCAUAAUGUACUGGUACUACUUCCUUUCCGCUAGAGGUGUGCGAGUUUGGUGGAAAGAAUGGGUCACAAGAUUACAAAUUAUACAAUUCAUAAUUGACAUCUUUUUUAUUUAUUUUGCAUUCUAUCAAAAGUUGGCUUACGUUUUCAUGCCUAUUUUACCUCAUUGUGGUGAUUGCACCGGUUCUACAACUUCAGUCUUCGCAGGCUGUGCAAUAAUUACAUCAUAUUUAUUUCUAUUCGUCGCUUUCUACAUGGAAGUUUACAGAGGUAGAGGUAUCAAGAAAACUGCUGCAGCAAAGAAAGCUGCCGAAGAAAUAGCUGCUUCAUCUGGCGUAGAUGAGAUUCAAGGCCCACCUUCUCAGCGUUUGAGAAAAAGAAAGUGA